GGACUCUAUGAUCUCUUGAGGUCCCUUCCAAUCCCUGCAGCUCUGUGGUUCUGUGAAAUUUAGGUAUAUUUGGGCCUACCUUUGAAAUGUGCCAAGAGUAGCAUAAUGCAGGAGUGUGAACUGCCAGAUCUAAGCUAUUGAUGGAUGUUCUUACAGCGUACUUUGAAGGAUUAACCAAGGAAAUCACUGAUGCUUCAAGAGCUGAUAAAAUGAUCUUAAGAUCUCAGAGCUGGCAUGCUGUUUGCACUUGUCAGUGUUGCUUGUGACUGCCUCUGGCUUCCCAAAUCAUCCUGAAAACAACAUUUCACUUUGUCAAAUCACAAAACCAUGACACACUUAUAAUAUUUCUCCUCUACGUGCGUGGAAGAAGUCCAGCAGAUGUGAUGAUGAGUAUAAGCUUUCUGUAAUGAGGAAAGAACACAGAAUGUAAUAGCAUUUUUUAAAGAAAAUAGUGAAUAAGUAAAAAGAUAUGCAGUAACAUGUUAAAUCCAGAACAUACUGGGAAAAAAGUCACCAUUACAUCCAGCAUUGUAGAAUUAAUUAGUGUAGUGAGGAUGAUUACAAAAGUGGUGUAGCGGAAAUACUGAGUCACAGCCUGAAGCAGUGAUGGAGCACAUGGUGGGAAGACAAGGCCAGCCCAGAGGAGCUCAGGUGCAUGCAAUGUAUCUGGGUGACGGAAAGGGUGGAGCCAGGAUCCACCCUUUCCCAGCCCUCAUUUAAGGGUUGGCAGUGGAAGUGAGGGUAUUUUGCUGGAGGUCUCUGUGUAACAGGCCUUUUGAAGGUAAGUUCUUUCCUUUAUUUCUGUGCUGUUAUAUUUGUGCAAGUUGUUGCUUGCUGUAGCAUAAGAUUUUGCUGCUCUGUUGUUACUGCUGCCGUUUCCACUGUGUUAGAGUGUUAAAUGUGGGGGAGAAAAGUCGUUCUUGCAGUUCUGUGCUACUUGUUACAGUGAUAACAGUAUAUGGACUGAAGAAGUAGUUAAUUUUUUAAAUGCAGUGAAGUUCAAACUUGUGCUCAGUAUGUAGAGUAGUAUGGUGGUACUGAUUUUUGCCUGUAGUGAAUGUCUCCUAGUUCCUGGUUUUAAAGGUUCAAAUAGGAGGAAGGUUGAAGUGUUCAGGAUCAGAAAAUCAAAAGGUUUCUUUUUGAAUAGCAGUUUUAAGUGUGUAAGUCCUUCAGCUUCUGUUGGAAAAAAAAAAACCAAUAAUAACUGUAUGUUGGAAGAGAACAAUUAUUUUUAUUUCCCCAUAUCUAAGUUUGUAGAUAGCACCAGAAUCGGCAUGAUACAACAGUGCUGUGAUUUCAGAGCACAUGAAGGACUAUCUGUUUUAUAUACAAGGAAAUGUGAAACACAGACAUAUGAAGAUACUUGUCCCAAUCCAUGAAACAAAAGCUGCGUGCCACCAGUGAAUGGUUGAGAGUUAACAUCAGAGCUGAAAGAGUAAUCUGGUUGUACAGAUCCUUGACCCUCUGCUCUGCCCUUAGAGUAAUAUGCCUCAUGACAUCUAGAUUUUACUUUGCAAUCUCAGAGUGUACAAACACCAGAAUACUGGUAAAUCUCUCUGGGCUUUUCCUCACCUGGUCACCUACACUGACAGGAAUGGUGUAAGUACAUCCUUCUCUCUUUCUUCUGUCACUUUGCUAAAAGUUACACUGAAAAAGUAUUCAUAAAUUUGACUGUAAUAGAAUAGCAAUAGCAGUAGAAGCCACAUACGAAAGUCCAUAUUAUUCAUUGAUGAGGACAGGGAGAAAAAAAAAAAGCCCCAUUUCCUGAACCAGCAUGAGUUGAAAGAAUAUGCAAAGCAAAUUCACUGUACUUUAUAGGAAGCAUAAGGUAGAGGGCCCAGGAAGACAGAUGUGAUGAUUUCACAACUGAGAGAACAGUAGGAUAUGUUUGUUACCACAGCAGGCCCUGAUUUCAUGUGGAUGUAUGUAGAGCUCAAGCUAAUUGCAUGCUCCUAAAGAUUGCUGUUUAUCUAGAGACUGAUUUAAAGCCUGCUGUAAGCAAUGGCUAUCUACUCUUAUGAAAUAGACUGCCUUAAGCCUUAAUUCAUUUUGAAUCUUUCUAAGGAUUGUUUCUGCCUUUUGUUAUUCUAAAGCUAAUGUUUUGUAGUUUUGCACAAAUGUUAACACUUGAAGAUGAGUAAAUAUAUUUUUUCAGUGGAAAAAAUAAGCAGGCAGCUGCAUUGUACUGGUUCUAAUGUCAUACAGAAGUGUUAGAGUUUUCAUGAAUGACCUGAUGCCAACCUGUCACCUUUCCUUCUGCAAACCUGAAUCCCUUUUGUUACAUAGAAUAUUUUACAGUUUUCUCAUUUGCUUUAAUUUUUGUGCCUGGUUUCUCAGUAGGUUCUUUGUGUUUGUUUUGAACUAUGUAUGUCAUUUCCAAAGGAAACAAGUGGUACUUCUUUCAUAGUUUUCAUCUUAGCUCAGCUGAGUGUGUAAGAGAAAACUGUAUGAUUCCUCAACUACACUCAGUACAUGACAAAGUUCUUGACAGUAUUUGAUAUAAAUACACAAGAAAUUGAAUGGUAAUGCAGCUCAUUUUCUUCAAAUUAAAUGAAUGGGUGUAUAAAUAUUUACAGAUAAAUGGGAGUACUCCUCUGAAGCCCCAAACAAACAAAAAUCCCAGAUGAGGUGUUUUUUCAGAUCUGUUUUCCAGCCCUCCAAGCAACCAUACGAAUCUAGCACCUCAUCCCUUUUCCAGACAAACUUUCUGGCUGCUCACCCUAUCUCAUUCUCAGUAAUUCUUGGUGAUGGGUUUUCCUCCUCUCUGACACAUUCUUUCAUUUUCUGGCCUUUGAGUGCUUUCUCUGGCAUGAAAACCUAUUGUGGACACUUGAAUUCAUGUUCGUGUACGAUAGCUCAUCCAGACCACAGGAGGGAAUGUCUGAGAGGACACUGAAGAAGGUGACAAGAAGCAGGUUGCUGUAGCAGAAGGCCAUAAUCCACAUAACUCAUCGCUAAUCAUUGCAAAACCCCUGCCUCAAAGCAGGGAUCUGCAGUACCUGGGUUAAUGUGGACAAUGUUAUGUAAAUAGUUAAGAAUGAUACGGAGAAUCCUUUACUGUCCAGAUGUCCUUUCCUACUGAAACACUCUGUAGUCAGAAACUUUACUGAAAUCUGUCCAAACCUUUCUGUUUGGCUUAUUUAAUAAAAUAAUUUGUAGACUUUUCUCAUCUGACUGGUGGAUUAUUUGCUAUGAAAACUUUUUUUAACAGCUUUUACAGAGAGGAUGACUCUUGUUAUUACGAGCUCUAUCUAUUCCAUCCAGAGUUGCUCAGAGCUGGAGUCAGAGCAUGACCCUCCUGUGGCUCGCACUCUGCUUAUUACCUCAUAGUCUAGUCUCCUAGUAUUCCAGGCACAGUCACAUGUGAGGGGGAUCAGUUUUCCUUUAGUCUGCAACUGUGUAUGCAACGGACUCAAGACAUUUAGUUCUGUGACCACAAAUCUUGACUCAAGCAGAUCAACCAAGUGCCAUGUUACUUUGGCCACGCUGUCACGUUCAGAUGCCUUUCAUGUCCCCCAGAGCUCUUACCAAUCUUGCUGCUUUCCUCUGUGUUAUGUCCAUUUUUACUUGCCUUCCAUAUAUAACAGUUGGGUAAUAUAUCCCACUUAAUUGCCCUGUGCUCAUUGACCUCAUGCUACUGACUGAUGGGUGGUCCAUUGUAUUCAUUAGACUAUGAUACUGAUGCUUGUAUAUGUAAACAUACUUAAGUUGAAGAUUUUAUGAUCCAGUUUCCCUGCUGUGUAGGCCUUGAGCUUUCAUUUGUUGUAAUGUACUGAUCUUUCAACCCAGCAUGACCAUAAAAACUAGGGAACUGCUAAGUAAUUGCUUAGGUAUACUGGUGAAGAAUCAGGAAUUUUCUUCCUGAGGGAUCCACAGAGUAAUCUUUCAAAGUGCUGAGGUGUAAAACCACUGUCUUCAAAAAAUAAACUGAUGCUUUGUUCACAACAGAAACUGAAGGAAAAUAAUUACCUGUGUGAGGAAUGGCUGGAAGUCUAUUCAACAGUCCUUAUUUAAAUCGGGAGUGAAAAGCAUGGCAGAUGAGCAAGAGAUCAUGUGCAAACUGGAGAGCAUCAAGGAGAUCAGAAAUAAGACUUUGCAGAUGGAAAAAAUAAAGGCACGUCUAAAAGCAGAGUUUGAAGCCCUGGAGUCUGAGGAGAGGCACCUGAAAGAAUACAAGCAAGAAAUGGACCUGCUGCUGCAAGAGAAGAUGGCACAUGUGGAGGAGCUGCGUCUGAUCCAUGCCGAUAUUAAUGUGAUGGAGAAUACUAUCAAGCAGUCUGAGAAUGAUCUCAAUAAACUCUUGGAAUCUACUCGUCGCCUGCAUGAGGAGUACAAACCCCUAAAGGAGCAUGUAGAUGCUCUGCGAAUGACACUGGGCUUGCAGAGGCUGCCAGACCUGUGUGAGGAAGAAGAGAAACUGUCCCUUGACUACUUUGAAAAGCAGAAAGCUGAAUGGCAGACAGAACCACAGGAGCCUCCCAUCCCAGAGUCUCUGGCUGCAGCUGCAGCAGCAGCCCAACAGCUGCAAGUGGCUAGGAAGCAAGAUACCAGACAGACAGCAACAUUCAGACAACAACCACCUCCAAUGAAGGCCUGUUUAUCCUGUCACCAACAAAUUCAUCGGAAUGCACCAAUAUGUCCACUCUGCAAAGCAAAAAGCCGAUCUCGGAAUCCCAAAAAGCCCAAAAGGAAACAGGAUGAAUGAAACUCAGAAAACUGCUGAGCAAAGUGUGACCUUUUCCAAUACCAUUCCAGUAGAACUGUAAAUGUGGCCAGACUUUACUGAAGUACAGACACAAGUAUGACCAACUCAUUGUUUUCUAUCAAUGCAAUGUAAGCACAAUGUUUCUGUUCUGUUUUGAUUUUGUUCUGGUCCUUAGGAUGUUUUAGGAAAAUAAGUAUUAAUGGUGCUACAGUUUAAUGUUUCAAUCAUUCCAUUUUUUGGAUUCCUAAGCAAUAUAGAAUUCUUAUGUGAGUGUCCUAGACAUCAGGCUAUGAUUAUUGGCCAAAUGCAAUAUCACAGAUACUUCUAUGUCCUGUUUUUCAUAGAGUCAUAGGAUGGCUUGGAUUGGAAGGCACUUCAAGGAUCGUGAAGCUCCAACCCCCCCGCCACAUGC